GUGGUGGUGCAUUAUGUGUUUACACAUGCUGGUGAUGUAUUGAGCCACAGACUGAAAUCAAACGUGAGCCGUUUGUCUGUUGUUCAUUAACGCAAGUCGAGGAAAGAAUAGGUGCGCAACCAACCAGAGGUGAAACACAGGUGAACAGGUAGGGUCUUCAAAGUUUAGACAAAGACUGUCACUUAUACCUUGACCUGUCCCUGGGAACUUGGAUUACACGACAUUUGACAUCUAUUUAGUCGAUGGAGUUGUUAAAUGGUCAAAACUUCCUCACACCAAAAAACGUUUUGGGCUCUACGACAAAAUGAGGACGGGUGGCAACAUUUGCAGACUACAUGAGAAAUGAAGCUGAAUGGCUGGACGAGUUUGGAAUACGUGAAAAGCAACACCUAGGAGGUCUGUUUUAGCAACAUAUAGGCAUACAAGGUCUAUUUUCUUUACAUUUGAAAAUGACCUCUGAAGGGAUUUUCGCCUUCCCUGCCAACCCAACCCAGAGAGGACAACUGGUACAUCAAGUGUGGUUAUAUAUCUGCUUGUUUACGUUCAUUCUGAAUGGCUGUGAUUCCUUCAACUUGGGUUGUCUCAAUGGAACCACAACCAUUAAUGUUGUAUUACUGGACGACAACCAUUCACCGUGGAGUAUUGAUUUUGUGAGAGAAGCAGUGGAUCAAGCUCUUCUGAUUGACAGCGCCAUCAACUAUGAAAAAGGCUUCGAUCGUAAUCUGACUGCCAACUACAGUGGGUUCCAGACAGAAUUUUACCGGCAGAAAGGCUGUCAAAGCAGCAGCUGUGAAGGGGUCCAGAUCCUGAAGUCUUUGACUGAAACUAAAGGUGCUGGCUGUGUGUUGUUUGGACCGACUUGCACUUAUGCAACCUUUAACAUGGUGGACUGGGACGUAGGUCUGAAGCUCAGCGUGCCGAUCAUCUCUGCUGGAAGCUUUGGCCUGUCCUGCGACUUCAAGGCCAACCUCACGCGCAUACUGCCCCCGGCCCGCAAGAUCUCCAGCUUCUUCAGACACUUUUGGAACCACACAAACUCACUCAAACCAAUAUGGACGACGACAUACAUCUACAAAAAGACCGAAAACACGGAGGACUGCUUUUGGUAUAUCAAUGCCCUGGAGGCAGGAUCAAUGGAAUUCUCCUCGACCUUAAAGAAACGGAGCUUGCUUCGAACAGAGGAUGAACUAAGGAAAGCUUUUGAGAAUAAACAAAGGGAGAGCAAUCUCUUUAUCAUGUGCGGAUCCCCCGCUGACAUCAUCAGGCUGAAGAAUGCAUCUGGUGUUGUUGAUCCGGCUAUUGUUAUAUUCCUCAUCGACCUUUACAAUGAGCAGUAUUACAGAAAUACAUCCUCUCUGGCUGAAAUGAGAAAUGUGCUGGUACUGACCAUGCCCAAGUCAAAAAAUUACACAAUUCUAAUGAAUGAUGACAGCAACAAAACGAGAAAUUAUUACACAGCAGCUUACCAUGAUGCUGUGCUGUUGGUGGGGAAGGUGAUGCGGAAGAUCUUCAACACAUCAACCGGAGAGCUUGAUAACAAAGAAGAGCUCAAUAUUAAUUUCUUCAGAAAUAAGACUUUCCAAGGUACGGUUGGAGAGUACCACCUGGAUGAGUACGGUGACAGAGAUGUGGACUUUUCUGUGAUUUAUACCACCCUUGAUGACCAGUACAAAACCCUCUUUGGAUUCAACACCACUACCAAUGUGACCAGAAUCUUGGACCUGACACCUCACUAUGUCUGGAAUGGGAGACUUCCUAACGAUAGCCCUCUUUCUGAGUCAGGUCUGCAGGAUCAUGACGUCAUUGUAAUCGCCCUGGGAACCACAGUAGUGGGAGUCAUGGCUUCAGUGGCUUUCAUCUUUUACUGGCAAAACAGGUCAUAUCGUCGCAUUCAGAAGAGGUGGUCUCACAUUCCCUCUGACCUAGUCAACCCGCUGGAGAACAAUAAGCGGAACAUGGUCUCCCUGAAGAUUGAGGAAGACUCCCAUAAAGACAAGAGCCAUAGGAUCCGACGUGCACGCUACGACAAAAAGGUUGUGAUCCUGAAGCAACUGGUUCAUUCGGAGGGCUACUUCAGCGAGAGCCAGAGGAUUGAGCUAAACGCUCUUUUACAUAUAGAUUACUACAACCUGACCAAGUUCUAUGGCACCGUGAGAUUUGAGCAGGACGUGUUUGGUGUGUUUGAGUAUGGGGAGAGAGGCUCAUUGAGGUAUGUCCUAAAUGACAAGAUCUCCUAUCCAGAGGAUACCUUCAUGGAUUGGGAAUUUAAGAUUUCUGUCAUGUAUGAUAUUGCCAAGGGCAUGUCUUACCUCCACGCCAGCAAUAUUGAGGUCCAUGGACGCCUGAAGUCCACAAAUUGUGUGGUGGAUAACCGCAUGGUGGUCAAGAUAACAGACUUCGGUUUCAGAACCAUCCUCAGCCCUGGCCGAGACCUCUGGACGGCGCCAGAGCACUUGCGCACACAGGGCAUGUCUCAGAAAGGGGACGUCUACAGCUUUUCCAUCAUAGCCCAUGAGAUCAUGCUGAGGAAGAACACCUUCUACACGGCGUCCUGCUCAGACCGGGCGGAGAAGUUGGCCAGGGUGCAGUAUCCUGGUGUGUACAGGCACUUUAGACCGGACCUACACUUUGACACAGCUGGAGAAAGCGAGCUGGAGGUGUACAAGCUGGUCAGAAGCAGCUGGGAUGAGGAUCCAGAAAAGAGACCUGACUUCAAGAAGAUUGAAAUUACACUGGGCAAGAUCGUCAGUAGCCUUCACAAUCAGGCCAAUGAGAGUUACAUGGGCAACCUCAUACGCCGGCUGCAGAUGUACUCCCGUAACCUGGAGUACCUGGUGGAGGAGAGGACGUCCCUCUACAAGGCUGAGAGGGACAGAGCAGACAACCUCAACUUCAGACUGCUGCCUGGCCCGGUGGUGCGCUCUCUAAAAGAGACAGGCAGCGUGGAGCCAGAGCUCUUCGACGAGGUCACCAUCUACUUCAGUGACAUUGUGGGCUUCACAACCCUGUGCCAUUACAGCACGCCCAUGGAGGUGGUGGACAUGCUCAACAACAUCUAUAAGAACUUCGACAGCAUCCUGGACAACCAUGACGUCUACAAGGUGGAGACGAUCGGUGAUGCCUACAUGGUGGCCUCAGGGCUUCCUAAUCGAAAUGGAAACAGACACGCCAGAGACAUCUGUCGCAUGGCGCUGGACAUCCUGGCCUUCAUGGGCACGUUCGAACUAUGCCACCUGCCUGGCAUUCCUCUUUGGAUCCGAAUUGGGGUGCACUCAGGUCCAUGCGCUGCUGGUGUAGUGGGCAUUAAGAUGCCAAGGUAUUGCUUGUUUGGUGACACGGUCAACACUACCUCCAGGAUGGAAUCUACAGGAUUGCCUCUCCGCAUCCAUGUCAGUCAGUCAACCAUCAACAUUCUGGAGCGCACAGACAGUUCCUUUGAGUAUGAGAAAAGGGGAGAGACAUACCUCAAGGGGAAGGGCAAAGAGAUGACAUACUGGUUGACUGGAGUCAAAGGACAGGACUAUAAUUUGCCAACACCCCCAACAGCGGAGAACUUCCAGCGUCUGCAGCAGGACCUGGCAGAGAUGAUCCGCACGUGUCUGGACAAGCGGCUCCAGGGCCCGGAGAAGAGGACGACUCUGUCCACGCGCCAAAGAAGGGUGGAGCCGUACGGCGGGGCGACGGAGGACGAACAGCCAGAGUACCUGCACCUGGCUACUGUGGACAACUACAGCACCUACCUGUAGACCUGUCCACACCCCCAUCUCAAUAAACUCCCGAGAGGACAGACAUGUCCAUGAAAAGGACUGAUGACACAGACACGUCUUUCAUUCCCACUCACGCAAGGACACAGCCGACUGACAGAGAUAUUAGCGACUGAUUGUUGUAUUGACGUGGUUGAUUAGCUGUAUCAGGUGUGACAGUGUGCCUGAGGAUGGUGAGGACCUGCGGAGACGUUUAGUCACUGUUGACAGUGUAGGUAUCCAUUCUGCUUACCGUAGCCCCAAGUGAAUGUUGAUUGUGGAUCUUACGCGCAGAGACGGCUUUUCAUUUGAUCUUAAUCCAUUCAUCUGCCAACAGCUUGUGCACCUUUAGAGGAAAGGGGUGAAGGACUCAUGGGCCGUGGUCCUCAAGGAAGAUGUUCCACCCAACUUGCACCACGACACACACACACAUGUUCUGCAUUCAGAAGUAUAGAGACUUAGUGGUGGUCAGAUUAGUGACUGGUAGCGCUAGCAGUUACUAACGUUACGUGUGCAGGAAUGAGUGAAUGAAUCAAUACAUUAAUGAAUGAAGGGGGAGUAAUGAAUGAAGAUAUGAAAUGUUUCAAAGUAGGGGCCUAGAGGUGUGCAUUCACAGCAGAAUGCAUUUCACCUCACCAGUAAGUAGUUAGUAAAGAACAUAUGAGGAUUCACUCUUAGAUAUUCCUGUAUGAUGGAUGAUACCUUGAAUGGAUACAAAUUAUCUUACGGAUACACUGUGACCUAAACUGCCUAAAUUUAACUUUCUUUGAAAAACGGCACUUUAUAGACUUUAUAGACACUGUAUUUAUGUUAGUUUUAAGUGCCUAUUAUGGAUUUUGCAAUAUACAUUUGAAUUCCUUAGUACUUCUCUAGUACUUUGGUAGAGUUUAUGUUUAAUUUAUCACUUUAAUGAUGCCUUGUAGCAGCUGCCUAAACAGCUAAUCUGUUCCCCUGGCAGCUGCUACGAGACUAAUUGUUAGGUACAUGCCAAUGAUGAUAUUGUAUUUUGAGCUCUCAUUUGUGAGCUGACCAUCAUCUUUUAAAGAAUACAUAUUGUGCAUGAUCUGA